AUGAAUGUACUUGAAUCAAUCGACGAAACUGUCAAGAUAGCUGGGUCAAACGAGGUGAUGAUUGGAAGGGAUGAAUCUUCUGAAGAUGUGGGUCCUGGAGGGCUUGUGAUUGAAGGUCCUGGCCUGGUAGUGAUGGAGGAUGACCCGGAUAACGCACUGUCUGUGCUAGAGGGUACUAAGGAUGACGAAAUAUGGAGACUCGACGGUAACGAGGGCACCGAACUGUUCGUACUUGACUGGUGUUUGUCACUAGAGGAUAGUGAACUGUCGAUGCUAGAGGAUACCGGGCUUUGGGUGCCAGAGGACAGCAGACUUCGCGUACUAGAGGAUACCGAGGUGCUUGAGGAAUCAAGCGGUAGGCUUCCAUUCUUGCUUGACUGUGUGAUAGUGGGUGCAUCACUAGGCGGGACAGUUGAAGAUGGAAGUGGAACAGCUUCUGAAGAGGUGUUCAACGAAUUCCAUGCAACUCCUGAAGAUCCAUCCGUAAUGGUGGAAUUAAAUGAUGUUGGUAGGGUACCUGCAGUGCUCCUGUCCCCUGGAAUAGAAACAAUCGAUGUUGAUGAACUUGACAAAUUUGCCGACUGGGCCAAUCCCGCGGAGAAGAGACAAGACAGGGCUACCAAUGACCCUAAACCCAUGAUGGACAGGCACUGA